AUGAAAUUGGAAGCCAAGAAAGGCUCGCCUGUUCCUGCAGGAGACCUCAGUGGGGAUCGUGACUCCGCCGACAUCACGGAACACGAACAAAUGGACCCAAAAUCCAAAAAUGGCGAUAGCAAGGCGGAUCGCAAAGCAGCCAACGCCAAGGACCCCUCGCGACCGCGACGGAAGAAGGCUCGACGAGCUUGCUUUGCCUGCCAGCGAGCUCAUUUGACUUGCGGCGACGAGAGACCGUGUCAACGUUGCAUCAAACGCGGUCUUCAAGACGCGUGCCAUGAUGGUGUUCGUAAAAAGGCCAAGUACCUUCACGAUGCUCCCGAUGGCGCAUUGAUGCCAGCUGUUAGCGGCAACAACGGCAACCUAUACAGCAACACGCUCCGCAAUAACAUGCCUAUGUCUAGAAAUGGCGCAAACGGUGUUACCUCCAGCAACCAGCAACAAGCUCCACAGCACAACCAACAUAACCAACAACCGUCGAAUGCCAACAAUAACAACUUUUACCCUACGCCGCAGACACAGUCAGGAUCUUACAACCCAUAUCAAGAAUCUCCCAUCAGUCAAAGCUCUUUUACUGCGCAAUCACCCGUCUCACCUACUUUCAACAUGAAAAACGGUCGAAAUCCGAGUCUUUCAUCGACUAUGAAUCCGCAGCUCGCGUCGAGUACUGCUCUCUCUGGGGAUACUAGUCAGUCUCAGAAUCCGUUUGCAGGACCAUUUUUUGAUCCCAGUGAUCCAGCGCUCUUCAACUUCGAUCUAUCCAGCAUGAACUUCGAGAAUAGAUACGGUGCCUUGGAAUUCGGCAUGCUCGGUCAUAUGGCCACCGGGGCAGGUGACUCUCCCACUGAUUCUGCAGGGCAGCGCGGGUCGAUCGGCCGGAGUGGAUCCGCCCAGUUCUCCACACCAGCUGGGUUUGGGGAAAGCCCUGGGAAUCAACCUUUCUUGUUUGGCGAUCCUCUCCUCAACGAGUGGCCCACCGGCCCGACCGGUCAGCAUGUGAAUGUCGGAGGUGUGUAUGGCCAGAACGGUAUGCUUCCAGAACACAUGAAAACGAACGCGCCACAUGCAUUUGCGAUUGAGAGUGGACCGGGGAACUUCACUAGUCCUCCUUCUACUACAAGUCCGCACAUACCAACGGCUACGUUUGACGACGGUACAUUCAAUGUCGGCUCUGCUUCGAAGUCCAACAGCCUGGUGUCGAAUGGGCAACGCCAGGUAAAUACAGCACUUCUGAAGAACCAGAAUAUGCAAGUUGGUCCCAAACGGCGUCAUCGCAACCCUUCCUCAAUAUACGAAAGCGUGAAGGAGCCGUAUGCUUACACUAGUGGUUUCCACAACCUCACUGCUUUCAUCCAACGUCGCUUCACACCACAAAAGACCGUCCGCAUUGCCAAAGCGCUUGCUUCUAUCCGACCAUCUUUCAUCGCAACCACUAAGACCCUCAAUCGCGAUGACCUCAUCUUCAUGGAGAAGUGCUUCCAACGAACUCUUUGGGAGUAUGAAGACUUCAUCAAUGCAUGCGGCACUCCGACCAUAGUCUGCCGACGCACCGGCGAGAUCGCCGCCGUGGGCAAGGAAUUCAGCAUCCUGACCGGAUGGAAGAAAGACGUGCUCCUGGGAAAGGAAGCAAACCUUAACGUCAACACCGGCGGAUCAGGCGUGCCUCAAUCUGGCACAACGUCACGCGGCAGUUUCACACCGCGCAGCUCAACAUUAGAGAACAACAGCGGUGGACGUCCGCAGCCGGUGUUUUUGGCUGAGCUCCUUGACGAUGACAGCGUUGUAGAGUUCUAUGAAGACUUUGCGCGUUUGGCAUUUGGGGACUCCCGUGGUAGUGUCAUGACACGCUGCAAACUUCUGAAAUACAAGACGAAGGAAGACAUGGAAGUUGGAAAGACCGAUGAUCAUGGAAAGUGGAACAGUCAUCUUCGCAAGGGUGGAAUUGCCGGCGAGGCUGGCAUGAACCAGCUUGGUUUCAAGGAUGGAAAGGUUGAAUGCGCGUACUGCUGGACAGUUAAACGUGAUGUAUUCGACAUUCCGAUGCUCAUUGUGAUGAAUUUCUUGCCAUGCAUCUGA